AUGUCCGAAAAGUACAGCAGGCCAGCGCAGCCCCCUCCCUCGUACGCGCCCCAGCAGCAGCAGGAUCAGCAGCAGCCUGAGCAGCAGCAGCAGCAGCCCGACCAGGACUACCAGUUCCGCCAGGACCAGUACUACAACCUCAACUCGAAGUCCGACGGCGCUCCCAUCGGGUCGUUCGAAGAGAGCUUUCCCACGGAGAACGACAACAAAUUCCGGCUCAACGACUGGCCGUUUACCAUCUUCUUCCUGCUGACGGUGUGCGGCUUUAUCGCGAUCGCAGGCAUCACGCUGCGAGCGUGGGCCAACACUUACUCGCUCACGGGCUCCGGCAUCUACGACGGGCAGAACACGGGCACGCUUAACACAAACUCCGCGGUGCUCCUAGUCUUCUCCUGUGUCAUAGCGCUCAUCUUCUCUAUGCUCGGUCUCGUCCUCAUGCGCGCGUCGCCCAAGUGGUUCAUCUACUGCGGCAUGGUGUUCAACAUCAUUUCCGGGCUCGGGACCGCCAUCGCGUACCUCUCCAUGCGCUACUGGUCCGCGGGUAUCGUCUUCCUUGUCUUUACCCUUAUCACGGCCUGGUGCUACUGGGGCAUGCGUUCCCGCAUCCCUCUCAGUGUCGCCAUCCUUAAGACGGUCGUCGACGUCAUGAAGAGGCUGCCUCAGGUCUACUUUAUCUCGUUCCUGGGCUCCAUUCUCGCCAGUGCAUUUGCGAUGCUCUUCUCCGCAGUCAUCGUGGCCACUUAUAUGAAAUACGAUCCUUCGCAGACAAACGGCACAUGUGCCCAGGGAGGUGGCUCUUGUACCAAGUCGAAGCUCAUCGGUAUCCUCGUCCUUGUCUUCUUCUGUGGGUACUACAUCUCCGAGGUUCUCAGAAACGUUAUCCACUGCACUGUCUCCGGUGUCUACGGCUGCUGGUACUACAUGUCUAAAUCUGACCAAGGAAUGCCUCGUUGGCCAAGCUUCGGCUCGCUUAAGAGAGCCCUCACGGUGUCUUUUGGCUCUAUCUGUUUCGGCUCUUUGAUUGUGUCGCUCAUUGAAACUGCAAAAACUGUGUUCAAUCUUCUCAGAAAUGGGCAAAUCACGAACGUCUCUGACAGCGCGUGGGCACAAUGUCUCUUCAUUGUCAUAGACUGGAUUAUUGGUUUCCUUGAGUGGUUGGCCCGCUACUUUAAUCACUACGCCUACUGCUUCAUUGCCUUAUACGGCAAACCAUACCUCAGAGCCGCCAAGGAAACGUGGUACAUGUUGAGAGAAAAGGGCAUGGACGCUUUAAUUAAUGACAAUCUCAUCAACAUUGCCUUGGGAUUCUUCUCUCUUUUCGCUAGUUACAUGGCGGCGCUAUUUGCGUUCCUCUACCUUCGCUUUACAAGCCCUAGCUACAACUCUGGAGGCGGCUUCAACGCUCCACUGAUGGCGUUCUCGUUUGUGAUUGCUCUCCAGAUCUGCAACAUCGCCAACGAGACUGUCAGAUCUGGUACUGCCACAUUUUUUGUCGCUCUAGGUAACGAUCCCGAAGUCUUCCGCGUGUCUUACCCUCAGAGAUUUGACGAAAUCUUCAGAGCCUACCCAGAUGUUUUGAAGAAGUUGAGCCACCAAAACGUCUAA